AAUCUAGCAUUGGCAACUGAAACAAAAACAGCAGUCCUCAUGGAUUCAGUUUCAUGUAAUGGCAAUGGCAAAAUGGAUAAGGGUCUUCACGUUGCCAUGCUCCCAUGGCUGGCGAUGGGUCACAUAUACCCGUACUUCGAGGUGGCCAAGAUUCUUGCUCAAAAGGGUCAGUAUGUGACCUUCAUAAGCACCCCCAAAAACAUUGAUCGCAUGCCCAAAACCCCCAAAAGCUUAGAACCAUUCAUCAAACUGGUGGGACUCCCCUUACCACACAUAGAGCAACUCCCAGAAGGUGCAGAGAGCACGAUGGACAUUCCCACUACCAAGAACUGUUUCCUCAAGAAGGCUUACGAGGGCCUCCAAGAUGAUGUAUCCGAGUUGCUCAAAACCUCUAAGCCUGAUUGGGUCUUGUACGACUUUGCAGCUUCGUGGGUGCCCCCCAUAGCCAAGAGCCUCAACAUUCCCUGCGCGCAUUACAACAUAACCCCAGCUUGGAACAAAGUUUUCUUUGACCCACCCAAGGAUAAGAUGAAGGAUUACUCCAUCCAAACCAUAUGUGGCCCUCCCACCUGGCUUCCUUUCCGCACAACCCUUCAUACCAAGCCAUAUGAGUUCUUGAGAGCAUGGAACAACACCAGGGACGAGGAGACAGGAGAAAGGGCUAAUUUUGAUCUCAACAAAGCUUAUUCAAGCUGUGACAUGUUUAUCCUCAGAACCUCCAGAGAGCUUGAAGGAGAGUGGUUGGAUUAUCUUGCUGGCAACUACAAAGUGCCGGUGGUUCCUGUGGGGCUGCUUCCACCCUCCAUGCAAAUAAGGGAUGAUGAAGAGGAAGACAGAAACCCUGAGUGGGUCAAAAUCAAGGCCUGGUUGGACUCACAAGAGCCCACGUCGGUGGUGUACAUUGGGUUUGGGAGCGAGUUGAAGCUGAGUCAGGAGGACCUCACCGAGUUGGCUCAUGGCAUUGAGCUUUCAGGGCUGCCCUUCUUUUGGGCCUUGAAGAAUCUGGAAGAGGGGAAGCUGGAGUUGCCGGAGGGGUUCGAGGAGAGAACCAAGGCACGUGGGAUUGUUUGGAAGAGUUGGGCCCCCCAGCUUAAGAUCUUGGCCCAUGGAGCAAUUGGGGGUUGCGUCAGUCACUGUGGCUCUGGGUCUGCCAUUGAGAAGGUUCAUUUCGGGCAUGUGCUUGUUACACUGCCUUAUUUGCUUGACCAAGCCCUGUUUUCAAGGGCGCUAGAGGAAAAGAAAGUGGCUGUUGAGGUGCCAAGAAACGAGCAAGAUGGGUCGUUUACAAGGGAGUCUGUGGCUAAGACAUUGAGGUUUGCAAUAGUGGAUGAGGAGGGGAGUAGUCUCAGAGAGAAUGCCAAGGAGUUGGGGAAGGUUUUCAGCUCCAAAGAACUUCAUAAUCACUACAUUCAGGAACUCAUUGCUGCGCUUCAAAAGCAUAGGAUUCAUUCCACCACCUAGCCACCCUUCAUGCCUUUCACUCUUUCACCUAUCUUCUUUAAUCACCUUUGUUAUCUUCUAAUAAUAAACAAGCUUACUUCAACUAAGUUUUGUUUUAUUUUUAUUUUGACAAUUUCAACAGUACUUUCACAUUUUGGGAGGGUUUUAAAUGUUUGACUUUUCGCCAUAUCAUCAAUUUUCAGUGAGAUCAUUAUUAGAUUAGAAUAGCCAAAUAGUUCACUUCAGAGGUUUUGGGAUUGUAUUCCUUAAAUAUUUUGUUCUUAUGAUUGGUCCUAUUUUGAAGCUCUUCAUGAAGAGAAGCAUGGCCCGUAGUUCUGUUCUACAUGAUUAUUUAUUUUACAAAAUAGAACUACAAAAUAGAGAUACUGCUGAUGAAUUAGAGAACAAACCAUUUACUAGAUCAAAUCAUAUAAUGUGGGCUCUAAUGAAAACUUGAUUUUGAUUUCAAAUUUGUGAUUUGAAUAUGAUAAUACAAAUCAGAGAAUUUUGUUACAGUUACCUCUGACUUAUUUCUGGUCUCCUGGAAGAAUUCUCCGAGAAAACCAACGAGGAAAAAU